AUGGAUGUAGUUCGAGAAGAACAAGCUGCCUUCAGAGAGGAGAUGGAAUCUGUCAAAAGCAAGAUUAAGCAGAUCUUUGAGGCUAUACAAGCUCUGGCUAGAAGGGAAGAAGAGGCUCGUGUUGGCGCUGCUGCAAGGAACGAUGCUCUAGUUCAAGGGGUUGCUCUUCAGUUAGGACCUUCCGUUCCUAUUCCAAAUCCCGUUAUCUACAGUCUUCCUCCAGGUUUUAUUCCACUGCCUGAAAGAACUCAUGUGCCUCCACCUCCGCAUACUUCUAGAGUAGCUGAUGGAGUCGCUGCGCAAGGACCUCCGAUAGUCAACCAAGUGGUCAUUCCCCGCACUGAUGAGGAGCUCCAGGACGAGUUUGAAAUGCAGAAUUACAAUGGAGCUACUCCAGUGGUCAUCCCUACUGCUGCCCAAGAUUCUGAGGCUAUCUUGAUGUUCCGUGCUCUGGCCGAAAAGCUAAGAAUCUUGGAAGGACAUAACUCAACCCGAUUGAGUGCCUUGGAGAUGUGUCUGGUCCCAGACGUGGUGAUUCCUCCAAAAUUCAAAGCGCCAGAAUUUGAAAAAUACAAAGGCCUCACAUGUCCUAACAUACACUUGAAAAUGUAUUGCAGAAAAAUGGCUGCCUAUGCCAGAGAUGAUAAGCUUAUGAUCCAUUGCUUUUAG